UGAAGAUGAAAGUUGUGGUUAGUAAAAAAUGAAGUGGCAAAAAUAAAAUUAAACAAUGAAGUAUAUAAUUUAAAAGCGUUGGGAGAAAGAAAAGAAGGAGGAGAUCUUAUCAUCACCCUUUGUUAGUUUAAUUAUCUGUGAUUGAAAUUGGAGUGAAAGCGAAUCGGAGGCAUAAUGCCUUGUGCAAGCAUUGUCUCAGCUCCGUCGUGCGCGUUCCCCUUUGGCUCCAGGUCCGCCUCCACUGCGUCCAUCACUCCAACGGCGUUAUCGCUGCCUAAACGGAGCUGGAAGCCUGGAACGGAGAGCAGAAGCACGAGGAGAGGAGAAGUGAGAGGCACGGUGAUAGAGAAAGAGACCCCGGAGGCGGAGCGUCCGGAAACGUUUCUGAGGGGAGUGGACGAGGCCCAUUCUUCCAAUUCGGUGAGGGCCCGGUUCGAGAAGAUGAUAAGGGAGGCCCAAGACAGCGUGUGCAGUGCCCUUGAGGCCGCUGAUGGUGGGGCCAAGUUCAAGGAGGACGUUUGGUCCAGGCCCGGUGGGGGCGGUGGGAUUAGCAGGGUUCUUCAGGACGGCGCCGUUUGGGAGAAGGCUGGGGUUAAUGUCUCCGUCGUUUACGGUGUCAUGCCACCUGAGGCUUAUCGUGCUGCCAAGGGUGCUCCUACUGAUCAAAAACCUGGUCCUGUGCCGUUCUUCGCUGCUGGAAUCAGCUCCGUUUUACACCCCAAGAACCCGUUUGCCCCUACACUGCAUUUCAAUUAUCGCUAUUUUGAAACUGAUGCUCCUAAAGAUACCCCUGGAGCACCUAGACAAUGGUGGUUUGGCGGGGGAACUGACUUGACGCCAGCUUACAUUUUUGAGGAGGAUGUUAAGCACUUCCAUUCAAUUCAAAAGCGUGCCUGUGACAAGUUUGAUCCUACAUUUUACCCCCGAUUCAAGAAAUGGUGUGAUGACUACUUCUAUAUCAAGCAUCGAGGUGAAAGGAGAGGGCUUGGAGGAAUAUUUUUUGAUGAUCUGAAUGACUAUGAUCAGGAGAUGCUCCUUUCCUUUGCUACCGAGUGUGCCAAUUCUGUUAUUCCCGCUUAUUUACCUAUCAUAGAGAAAAGGAAGGAUUUGCCCUUCACUGAUCAUCAGAAAGCAUGGCAACAAUUGCGAAGGGGACGAUAUGUUGAAUUCAAUUUGGUUUAUGAUAGGGGUACAACAUUUGGACUAAAAACUGGAGGAAGAAUAGAGAGUAUUCUUGUUUCUCUCCCACUGACUGCUCGGUGGGAAUACGAUCACAAACCAGAAGAAGGAAGCGAAGAAUGGAAACUCCUGGAUGCAUGCAUGAAUCCGAAGGAGUGGAUCUAAUUCAUUAGUUGACCCUCAGUUUGUCAGCCUUUUUAUAAUAAGUGAGCUCGUUACUUUCUUCGGUGCAUAUCAAGUGCUUGUUAUGAUGAGUCACAACUGUUAACUUCUACUAGGUGGAUUGUAAAUCACGUGUCUUGCUAGAGCCAUCCGUGUAAAGCGUGAAAUGCAGAAAAUUACGAUGUCUAGGCUGCGUCUGUGCCCACUGCCAACCACAUUAUUCUAUAUGUAGUACCCCUCAUAUAGUAACAAUAUGUCUAGGCUGUGUCUGUAAUCUGUAUCCACUCUAAAUUCAGAAAAACAAAGGCAGCUUCUUCAAUGCCAGUGCUGCACACCUCAGAUUCAGACUAGUAAUUUAGUAAUUCUGUUUUAGGAGCUAAUGUUUUUGACUGAAUAAUCUGUGUGUAAUAAUUACUGCAUCUAAGCACCUAUAAUUUCCCACAUGCAUCUACUUUUAACGAA